AUGUCUCCGGAGAAUAUGGAUAAUAUUUGCACUCAAGAUAAACUUGUUUCGACUCAAAAAGUUAGUAAAGCAGCUCGUCGUCGUGAAAAACGAGCUGCUCUUCAACAUGCUCAACAGACAGCUGCUUUAAUGAAUAUACAAACAGAUAGAUCUAAUAGUCUUCGAUCUGUUGAAAUGAAAAAGUUAGAAAAAGAACUUUCAGCCCGUCACCUAUGUUUAUUUGAAGUUCCUUCAGAUGGAGAUUGCCUUUAUCAGUCAAUUGGGCAUCAAUUAAAAAUUCGGAAUUAUCCAUUACACACAUUAAUAGGAAAGAUUGAAAUGUCUGAUCCAGAAAUUCUUAAUGAUAUUACCACCGAUCUGACAAUGAAACAAGUAGUGAAAAUUUUGCGUCAUCUUGCAUCGUAUCACAUUCGCAAAAAUAUGGAUGAUUUCCUACCAUUUUUGUUCAACCCAGAUUCUGGAGAACCAAUGAGUAUAGCUAAUUUUGAACAAUAUUGUGACAAUAUAGAAAAAACAUCAAUGUGGGGUGGACAAAUUGAAAUCCGUGCCUUAUCUACAAUGCUUCAACUUCCUAUUGAAAUAUUACAAGCUGAAGGAGUCCCAUUAAUUAUUGGAGAAGAGUUUUCUGAAGAGCCACCAAUCACUAUUGUAUACCACCGUUACGCGUUCGCGCUCGGUGAACACUACAAUUCCUGUUUAAAGAAGCACGAAUUUCAAUGA